GUUAGCAACCAUGCCAUUACAUGCGAUGGUGUGUAAUUUCAAAACGAUAAAAUGACAAUUUUAAAGUGUUUGAUUAUUUACGUAGAUAGUUACAGUCGAUAAACACAAAAAGGAAAUUAAAUAUUUUGCAUGCGUAUUUCACGGAUUUAUGUCUAAUUUUACUUAACAAAAUGGAAGAUUUUGACGACAACGAUAUCCGGAAGAUCAACCCGUCGAUGGAAGACGGAUGUGUACCUACUCUUAACACUCCUGUCGACACCGGACCGGAAAAGAUCCCCGGGAUAAUAUACGAUGUUGAUUAUAAUAAUGAGCUGCCACCUGAGCUGCCAAUCAGAUCCACUCCCACAAUGAAACCUGAUUCACCGGAACACAAAGAUUCGACAAAUAAAGCAAAAAUGGAUUACAAACCCGCGCAUGCUAAGAAACAUGCAAAUCCACUUGCAGUGAGGACGCCUCUGGCGCUUGAUGUAGAUUUCAGCGAUGAGAAAAUUCCGGCACUUCCUGCUCGCAGGCGUCUGUCGCAGCCGACCAUUAUGCCUUUUGGUAAACAAGCGUCGGAAGCGUAUGUCAACACGUCAGUUGGCCAGGUCGCAGUUCGUCCUUUUACGUGGAAGUAUGCGGAUCCGACCGAAAAUGACGUUAAUGUUAACGCCAAUACAAACGAAUCCGUUGGUACAGAAGAAUGCAUGUUGCCGGUGGCCCAUGAUGACUUAACAUCUGUCGCGAAUGGAAAAACAAACGAUAGAAGAAUAAUUUCCAAUAAUGAUGGUGACAUAAAUAAAGAUCAAAAUAUAAAAUCUAUCAACAUCGAGAGAAUGGAGGACCUGACAAUAAAUGAAAUUGGCGACAUUUUAAGGCUUUUAAAGCUUGAAGAAUACGUAGAAAUUUUCAAAGAGAAUCAUGUGGAUGGAGCCAUCUUGACAAGUCUCGAACGUGAUGAUUUGGUGAAUGAGUUGGGGAUGAAGAAACUUCCGGCAACGAGACUUUUUAUGUACAUGACUGCAAGCCACAUCUCGAAGUGAUGCCGUACAUAGCCCUCUCGAAAAAAUGCGUUAAACAUUGUGUGAACUGCAAAUAUUUAUGAGUGUUUACUUUGAUCGUUUUGGCUUCGGGUAAUCUUAAUGAGAAUUCACUUGUAGCAUGAACUAUUACACACGAGUAUGUAUAUUUAUAAACAAUUAUUGUAGCAAAUGGCAUAUUGGUUUCAUAAAAUUUAAAUCAAUAUCCGUCUAAUUGCGUAAACUAUUCAAAGCGCGUGUUAAUCUUUGUUUUUAAUCACGUUUUCCUUCGCGAAUAUCGUUUGAACUUGAUUGGAUUGCAUUCAUUUGUCGUCCACGAACUGAAAUUUCACUUGUGUUACGCUCUUAACGAAAUUCAAUGUGAAGUAAAUAUCGAAUUUCAUUUCGUUUAUGGCAUGCUUAGUAAAUAUCGACUUUUAUUUCGUUAAUAGGAUGCUUAGUAAAUAUCGACUUUUAUUUCGUUAAUAGGAUGCUUUGAUUUGUGUAAGAUGUAAUCCUUGUUUUUCGAUUAGCGACAUGUUCUUAAUAUAUAGAUAUUAUCUGCGUGUUUAACCAUUGAUACCACACAAACACUAUUGUUUAUGUAUGCGGACCCAAUAACAUUGUGUAUACGCCUGAUCUAUUACAUUUUGGAAGAUGGUCUUCCUAUUUAUUGCUUAAACCAAAAAACGUUUGGCGCCAUCAGCUAUUAGCACGGUUCCAUUCAGGGAUAAUAAAUGUUUCAUUUUAAUUUUGAUAAGCUUAAUAAAUCAAGCCACGUGCUUGAUUACUUAAAAUCUCGGAUACGUUGGUUAAGUUCAAGUUUGCUUUUGAUUGUAUUGAGUACCCUGACGAACCUGCACCAUUCUUAUACAUGUUUAUUUAAUGUAUCAAUUGUAGCUCUUGCUUGUUGUUUAUUUCCCUUAAUGAAUUGUUACAUAUAGCGAUACAUAAUGAAAUGAUAACACCUACCGUUCAGUAUUUGCGACAUUACACACAAUCAUGUGACCAAAUAAUAAACUAAAACCAGCAAAAUAACUGCUCAUUAAGUAUAGGUUUUCCUUGAGACUAUUUGAAACGUAUAUAUAAUACAAUCUACAAUUAUUAUUUGUAUGUCACUUGUGUAAUGUGUCCAGUACUCCCAGAAAUAGUAUCAUAAAGAUGAUAUUGUAACUAUGUAUGAUUUAUAUGAACACAUUAAAUAUUAUUGAGUUUAGUGAAUAUUUGUAAGAAAAACAGGUAACUAAUUCAUAUUUAAAAAUUCGUCAUGUAAAACUUCACGACUUUCAAUCAUAUACAUAUGUACAUAUCACAGAGGUAUUCAUGCUGAAUAAUAUACUUAAGGUGUAUAUGUUCUCAUUUGUAAAAUGUGCUGCAUAUCAAGUGGUAAGAGGUAUAGCAUAAAUAAAUACAAUCUAUAAGUUAUGUUCACACGUAUAAACAACAUAAUAAAUAAAUGAGGCAAACAUGACCGUGCGUUAAUCGAUGUUUAAUGCUUUAUAAUUACUACGUCUGUUCUACAUUUUAUAUUCUAUGUACGUGAUCUAGCUGUUAUAGCAGAAUUUCACGGAAAUAAGCAUAAACAUAAAAAAGAUA